GGCGUCUGCUCCGGGAAUUGAGGCGGCGUCUUCGCCAGCGGGCUGCCGCAGGAACGCGGGCCGCUGCGCCGGCUGCGACAUCUUGCUCAGGCGGAAAGCGCGGGGGACAGCAGGCCGCCCCGGGCUGCAGCGCCAGGCGCGCAGAGGACCGGCCCGCGCGGUAGGAAGGAGGUGGCGGCGGCGGCGCCGAGUGGCGGGCACUGGGGCCGGCGGGCGGCACCAUGUCCCCGGGCAGCGGGGUGAAGAGCGAGUACAUGAAGCGGUACCGGGAGCCGCGCUGGGACGAGUACGCGGCGUGCUACCGCGAGCUGCUGCACUACCGCCUGGGCCGCCGGCUGCUGGAGCAGGCGCACGCGCCCUGGCUCUGGGACGACUGGGGCCCGGCCGGCAACUCGGACGACUCGGCGUCGUCGGGCGCCGGGAGCCCCACGCCCCAGUGCGCCCGGGCCUCGCCGCCACCGCUCGCUGAGGCCGCGGCGCGGGAGGGGCCGGCCGCCGAGGCCGCGAAGGCCGGGGACGCGGAGGCCGGAGACGCGGAGGCCCGGGACGCCGAGGUCCGAGACGCGGAGGCCCGGGACGCGGAGGCCACGUCUGCGCCAGCAUCGCCAGUCAAAGAUGUAAAUGAAAAACCAGAACGAGAGGUCAGGACAACAGAGACUGACAGAUUACCCAGCGGCCCGAAGCCUCGACAGCAGCCCAGUGCCUUGUUUGCUAGAGGAACGAGGAAGGCGGUGAAAAGCCCUCAGAGAUCAUCAAGUAAAAUAAGAGAAAAGAAGCAUCCGUUCGCUCUUUACGGGUGGGGAGAGCGGCAGACGGACACCGGAAGCCAGAAGACGCACAACGUCUGCGCUUCGGCCCCGGUGCACGAGAUUCAUGAAUCAGCAUUACGGGCCAAGAACAGAAGGCAGGUGGAAAAAAGGAAACUGCUCGCUCAGAGGCAGCGAGCUCACUCCGUGGAGGUGGAGAAGAGCAGGAGGCUGAGGCCGUCCUCCUCGGAGGACCCGUGGGUGACGGAGUACAUGAGGUGCUACUCGGCCCGCGCCUGAGGGGAGCGGGCGCCUUUCAGCAGUGUAAAUAAAAGAAAGAGCAAACACAACCAGGCAAAACAAAAGCAUCAGAAGGAACCAGGUUUAAGGGACCAGUGGAGUAUGCAAGAUUCUUAGGGAAUUGCCGAAAGAUUUUUUUCUUUUGAGGAACUCUGAUCCCCGACCUCUGCAGUCGGGUGAAGUUGAAGCCAUAGACAUUUGGAUAUUUAUGAUGAUAAUUCCCAUAAUCUUUGAUAUUCUUGUAAGGGUUUUGUUUCAGAGCAUCUCAAUCUUUUAAGGUACUGACACCGAAUGCCUUUAAAUGGCUAUAGAUGCUUAACACUCAGUAUUUUUUCCGUAAGUUUAGGCAGAGCCAGUUUUGUCCUGCCCUGAGUAACUGUCCGGAUCACGGAGCAGGCAAGUUCAUUCCAACAUCAGCAUAGGACUCAUCUGCCUUCCGAGUAGCUUUGUGGGAGAACGUCACAUCCAAUGUGUGUUUCGGCACUCACGGUGAUCACCUGCGCAGUGGAACUAGAACUUCGGGAGUUUCUGAGCAAUUAAACUUAGUUGUAUUCAGUUCAGCACUUCACACAGACUGCGAUAUUUAAGAAUUAUCUGGGCCGGGUGAGGGUUAUCUUUUCUCUUUAAAUCAUCAUCUAGAUUCUAGGCACUUAUUAUUUAAUAGUUUACUAGUUCAAGUGCAUUCCAGUGCAGUGUGUCUAGAGCAGGACUGAAGUUUCUUUUGAAUCAAAGGUGGCUGUGCCACUUUUUAAUUGUUUUUAGAGCACAUAAGGAGGAGUGGGUUGCUGGCCGCUGGCACUCAGCCACGUGGGCUUUUGUUGGUCUCUUCUGUUACAGCGACACUGAGAACUUCUCUAAACUUUUAUUGAAUGAAACUGCAGUGGUCCAGCUUGCUCUCGGGAGGCAGGACAGUCGGGAGUCCCUCAGAGAUGUGGCCCGCCCUGCCUCCUCCACUCUUUCCUCCCCGGAACUCACUAAUAACAGCCUCGAUAAUGUACAUACUCCCUUUUGGUGGAAAUGCAUUCCUAGCUAGUAGGUCUUGUGUGGAAGUUCACGUGAGGACGGAUGUAUGUAGGUCCAAAUGUAAGGGUGUGUAUGUGUGAAUGAUGUGCCCUUUCUCUGUAGUAAAUACAUUUGCUUUGGGGACAGAGAAGUGAUUUGAAGAACCUCUGGUUUCCAUCCAGUGGAGACGGACUUUACAGGACGGGUGAGUGCUAGAGUCUUUGUAAGAGGGCAGAAGGGUACUUUGCCUGCCGACUUAGCACCUGGGGGUGUGGGAGUGAAAGUUUGGUGUUUGGUGUGAGUGUGAGCGUUUCCUUGAUAUUUGUACUUUGGCUCCCCGAAGUAUUAUGAUCCCUUUUUAGAACACAACUAUGUUUUAGUCCACAUAAAAUCUUCACGUAACGUCAACUUACAACUGUAGUAAGCUGUGAAAAACCAUACUGAAGAAUCAUGAGCUUUUUAAGAAAAAAAGACUUUAAAAAAAUAUUUUGCAUCAUUUUGAGGUGAGUUAAUUCUGGUGACUUUUGCUGUUGUUAUUAAAGUCCUCAAACACUGCAGGUCUCUUAGAGGUCAAGUUAAUGUGGUGAUUGCACGGUGCACUGUCCUUUUAAACCACUUGCUGCGUGUUGGGGUUCAGCCGCUGUUCAGGCCUUCAUGUCGCACCUGACAAUCUUAGGGAAGGGAAGGGAACCCCAGCGGGUCGCGCAGCCCCCCGUGGACAGACUGCCUUAGAAACCCAGCUUGCUCUAGGCUGGGAACAAGCCAGCCUCUCUCUCCUUUAGAAAACAGACUUGUAUUUAGAGAGCUUCCUAGUGAAAACUCCAGGGGGAGAUCUGGAAAAACCUAGGAGGCAAUAUUGGCCAUGUUUGCCCUUUUUAAAUAGAGGACAAUGGAGCAAGGUUUUUAAAGUACUUUUAAUGUGCAUGAAGGACGAAUACAUCAUGAAUGAAUUGUGACUCCCCUUCCAAUGUCUUACUUAAGUCAUUAGGUUAGGGUUUCUUUUUUUUUUUUUCCCCUGUAGGGGUGCAGGUUAACUUUUGAGCCUAUGAAAUACUUCCAGUUGUAACAAUUUGACGGACUAGAAAGGAAUGUGGUUGUCAUCGUGUUUCUAAUUCUUGGGACAACUUGCAAGACAGCAGGAUAGUUUAAAAUUACCUUUCAUGUGAAACAAAUGUCAAACUGCUUGAGAACCCAGUGAUGUUUAAAAUAUGGAAUAAAAUCAUUGCUACACAGACUCUCUUUUUAAAAUUUUGGUUUUAAGGUUUUAAUUAAAACAGUUUCCACACACGUGUUUCUGUGUUACUUUUAUUAAGAGAAGUAAUAGAAUACUGAAUGACAUUGGCAACUACUGGACCUAGGUGAAUAAGUAAGUAGGAAUUAAAUUCUUUUUAAAUUUUUAAAACCUAAAAGUUUUAAACUUACUUACUUGGUACUUCUGGGUAUAUGUCUACCAACCCUUCCCAUAAAAUUUCUAAGCACAUAUCAACAUUUUGUAAGUUUCCUGAAGUUAUAAUAAGGCAUAGGUUAUCUUAAUUGCUCAUCUUGUCGUGGGCAUUGAUUUAUGCCUACCACAUAUUAAUAGUUUUAUCAUUUCUGUGCUAGGAAACUCAGCUAACUAAAUUGCAUAGAAUGGCCACUGAGUUAUUGGAAAUCAUAUAUCCAAAACAGAGUAUUGCACAAUUUGCAAGUUAAAAAAAAUCUGUAGUACAUUCCCCUCCUCCUGUAAAUUGGUAAUAUUGUCCUGGGUAGAAAUUUCGAACAUGGAUGUUACAGUACUUGAUAUUGAAAAUAGAAGUAUAUUUGGCAAAAAGCGCGUGCGGUGAAGCACAUGUUAGAAAUCAAAACUUGACUACUUUGGUAAAAUAUUGUGUAGUGGAUAACUUGACAUUCCAUUGGAUUAGAUUAAAAAUGGUGCUAAUGUUUAUAAAGCCUAAUUCUGUGAUGAUUUGGUAUCAAAUUGUGAAUGCCUAACUCCCACAGUCCUUAUCAUCAUGAAAUAAUUUAAAAGUGAUCUGAAAAACGGGACCAGGUCAUUUUCAAAUGCGUGCAUUUGGAAUGGAGUUUGUGCAGUAGCUGGAAUAGGGAGCUGCUCGGCGUGAGUGUAUGCUCAAUCCCAAACCCGGAGCCAGGAGCCCCAUGUAGGUUUGGGGCUCAGGUUGGUUCCGUCCAAGCCUGCUGGUCUGACUGGGAAAGAGGUGCGCCUUUAGUCCUUAUUUUCAUUUUGGAAGGACACCUGAAUGAAGACCUUAGAGGCUUCCUUUUGGACUUGAAAAAAUAAUUAGCAGCACUCCCCAGGUUAAAAGUUCAUUCUGAGUGUUCCACGCACUUGAACGUUCCAAAGGAGCAAAGCAUGGGCAGUCCCAAAGCUCGGCAGUGGGAAUUUUAGCUUGUAGUUUAUAAGACCUGUGUAUUGCUUUUUGCUUCUGUCUAAUGUUGCAGUUACUUGGAAAAAUGUGAA